GCCCUUUCAAACCCCAAAAGAAAGAAAAGGAGAGAAAGGGAGAGAGGGAGAGAUUGGAAAAGCUCUACAUCCAUCGCAUAGAUAAACUAUGCCAUCCUCAUCAUCAUCUCCAACGCUCCUCUCUCCCCCUCUCUCACGUGACCCAACCUCUGGCGGCACGUGGUUCCCCUACCACAGCGCCGGCGACUUUGAAGCCAACCUCGUCAUGAUCCUCAUCAUCCUCAUCUGUGCCCUCGUCUGCGCCCUCGCCCUCAACGCCGCCAUCCGUUGCUUCCUUCGCCGCCGCCGACCGCAGCCGGAACCCACCACUGCCGGAAAGCUAACUCACACGUCUACGGAGAUGCCCGCCCUUCCGACGCUCGUCUUCUCCGCUGGGAUGAAGAUGGCGGGAGCCGAGGCGGAGUGCGCCAUCUGUUUGUCGGAAUUCGAAAAUGGAGAAGGGAUUAGGGUAUUGCCAAGAUGCAAGCACGGAUUCCACGAGAAAUGUAUUGAAGGAUGGCUCGCUUCCAGAUCGUCGUGCCCGACGUGCCGGAGCAGCUGUCUGUUGGCAUCCCCGGAAAAGAAUACUUCCGGCGGGGGCGACGUUGAAGCUCCGCCGGAAGUGGUGGAGAGGUUGCCGGAGGUUUGAAAGAAAGAAGGGGAGGUGAUUGCUGGAAAAUGUCCCUUUUCGUUGUGUGAUUGUUUGUAAAUUACUGCUCUGCCAUCGACUUUUUUUUUUUUUUUUU